AUGGGGAGCUUCCUGAACAUCACUAUCCUGGCUGUCCUGGCCGCCAUGUUCGCAGGACCGGUAUACCGCCAGGUGACUUUGCUGGGAGUUCUCAGGAAGCCCAUUGAGAACAACCAGUACAUCGAGGGCCAGAAUCUGAUCAAGAUCGAGGAUACAAUACAAUGCGAGGAUCUGCAUUACCAUGCGCCGAGCAACAAGCUGUUUACAGCCUGCGAGGAUUCCGUGCUUCCGCGUUUUGAAUGGUUUCCGCCCAUGAAGGCGUUUAAGAAGCCGUCUCUCGCGACGGGCUCGAUUCAUGUCAUUGAUCCGAGGACCAUGAAGUCAACGCGACUCACGUUUGAAGAUGGCUUCUCCGGUCCGUUCAUCACGCAUGGAAUUGACGUUUUGGAGGACCCAGAGCGACCCGACGCCGUGUACAUUUUUGCCGUGAACCAUGCACCUCACCCCGCAUACCGUCCUGGUCGAUCGGACAAAGAAUGGGAUUGGGACGGCCCCAAGGCUCGCUCGCAGAUUGAGCUCUUCCACCAUGUUUUGGAUACCACGGCCGUGACGCACGUUCGGUCCAUCCGCCACCCGCUAAUCAAGACACCCAAUGACAUCUACGCCGAGAGUCCGUACUCCUUUUUUGUUACCAAUGAUCAUGGUUAUCGGGAUGGCGUGCGUCGUGCUAUCGAGGAUAUUGUCCCGUUGGCUAAAUGGUCCAGUACUAUUCAUGUGCGGUUAGAUGAGCUGCAGGCAGUGGAUGCCGAAGCGGCCAUUGAUGCGUCGAUUGCGCUGACAGGACUCUUCAAUAACAACGGGUUCGGCCACGGCAAGGCUGCGGAUGAUAUGCUGCUCACCAGCGCUGCAGGGGGGAUGUUGUAUUUAGCUCAGCCGGUUCGGGAUCAGGAUGGAGAUACCAUUUCGGUGAAGGAAGAAAUUCCGUUGGACAGCGACAUCGACAAUCCCAGCUACUUUACUGAUGUAUAUCGGACUUCAGACGAGGAUGACGCCAGUGGCUUCGUACUCGCUGGGCUGAGACGACCCAUUGAUAUGGUCAUGCAUCAGAGUGAUCCGACUGCCAAGGACGGUGUGAUGGUAUGGUACAUGCGGCCCAACACGACUGCCACCAGGAAUAGUGAGGGAGAGGGCGGAUAUCAGAAGAACGAUGAUGAAAAAAGCAGCAACAACGGAAGGUACGAAACCCGUCUGCUCUUCGAAGACGAUGGCACCCAUAUCCGGACCGCUGCCACAGCUGUUCUGGUGCCGAUUCCACUGCAGCCAGAACAGAGUAAGAAGGCGUGGUUAUUUGUGACGGGAUUUUAUUCGGAGAGCAUGAUUGCGAUCAAGGUUGACUUGUAG